AUGAUGUCUUCCUCAAACUCCUCAUCUAGACCUGAUCAGAAAUUCAAAUCCAUUGUUGUAGCCAUGGAGGAGGAGAAUAAGAAGACAAUCAACAAUCCGAAACAAAGCUCUCUUGAAGAGGUUGUGUUUGAAAAUACGAUCCCUACUGAGAGGCCUAGUUUUGGAUUAGGCGUUGUCCAUACAGAAACAACCAUGAUGAAAAAAUAUCCACCAAAGGAUAAUAAUAUCGUUAGGUGCAAGAUCUGCAAGAAAUUCUUCCCAAACGCGAAGUCCCUUGGCGAUCACCAAUCAUGCCAUAACCAAGAGAAGGAGUUGACGAGGCAGCUAAAGAAUCUGGAGGCAAGCUCUUUCCCUGGACAAGUCUCUACGAUGAAGCCUUAUAACUCUUACCAAGAUAAGUCUAACUCUCUCUUUGGUGAGAACCCACUAGAUCCUUUGAAGCGUGUUGGACUCUCUCUUGGUCCGUUUAAGCCCAAUUUCCCUCCGUUCAAUAACAGAUUCAUGGCGAGCACUAGCCAUGGUUUUGCUUCACGGACUCCCUCACUCACUCACAACAACAAUCUACACCCUACUUUGUCCAAUGUUGAUGUUAAAUCGUGGCUUAACAGAAGUGACUAUCCACCGUUGUUCAAUCGUGGAUUCUAUGGAGGCUUUACGGACAUCAACAUGAACAUGUUUCCUCCUACGAAGAAUCCAUACAACGAGAUCCCUAUCUGUGGCUCUUCCUCAAGAAACCCCUUACCAUCAUCUUACAGAUAUGGCCCUCAUGCUUUAUCACUUGACCUCUCUCUUGGUUUACCUAACCCAAUAGGAAGCAGCAUCAACAACAACAACAGUUGCUCACAUGGCUUUCCGUUACCUGAUAUUCCUCCUCCUCCUAGUCCAUCUUGGUCCACCGGAGACAGCAGCAAUCGCAGCAGGGGAGUCACUGGAGGAGGAAUCACGACGGAUCUGAACAUGCACUUGUGGCCUAGUGUGGUUGAUUCAGUCACUAGGAACGAUCCUCCUCCUCCAGCCACCAAUCUUUCCAAGGAUGAGAAUGUCUCAAAGGGAAAAAACGAAAUCCGUCUUUUUGGGAUAAGGAUAACUAACGAGGUGGCUGAAGAUCAUACUGAGGUUUAG